CAGAGUGGAGCAAAGGUCUCUAGCGGAAACGGAAAUCAGCAGUUAAUUAGAGAAAACGAAAAUGAACAAAGAGUUUAUCACGCAGGGCGGCACGCCUAUAACCGCUGAAUUGGCCACGGAUCUGCGCAAUUUGGUUUUCGGUACGGCAGCAAUUCCCAUGCGAGCCGAAUGGCUACAGACAUCCUUUGUGUUUGGUGCUCCCAAGGAGGAGCUGGCCUACGGUCUUCGUUCGCCCCGGAAUGCCACACGUGGUCUCUUGUCCGUCGUCCAGGGAUUCGUCCUGAAGUAUCUGCUCUUCGCCCGGAAGACCAGUCGCGUGGCUUCGCUUACCGACCCGCUCCUGGCCACCGCCGAUAUGCAGAGGGAGGCCUUGUUCUGCGCCCUCUUGGAGAUACUGCGCACCAUUUCGGACAAGGGCAAGGUCACCAUGGUGCUGCCGUCGGAGGACGAGGUGUUCGUGGACCACAGCGCCUGCUAUUUUCAUGAUUCCGUCACCGAGAAGCUCUAUGUUUUCACGCUGUCACCCAACGAUGAGUUGGAAUACUUUUUGAAGCGAAAUUUUAAAUACGUAAGACCCACAAAGUUAACUACUUACUUGCCCAGCCAUUUGAUCAAACAGUUUGCACUUAACAUGCCUAAAAGUUUACAGAAGAGGAGACCCCAGGCACCCUGCUGUUUCUAUAUAGCGCCGUCCUCACGCGAUCCAUGGGAAAGUAAGAUUGAGCCCAAGUGUCUGUGCAUGCAAAUGCCAUUCUCUGUUCCAGAUAACCAUUUAUAUUCCAUUUAAUUGUACCCCUCGGCGGUGAAUACUUUCGAAUGUUUUUGCAGAGUUCGAACGGAUCUGGACUCCGCCAAAUCCACGCCCCUGACGUCGAGCAAUCACGAGGAGGGAUCCCUGAUGAUUGUCACCCUGCUGUUGACGGGACGUGCCACGCCCUAUAUUCAUAAUGGUGUUGUAAAUGUGGGCGAUGAGAGUAGCUAUGCGGUUCCUCAAUACGGCGUCCUUAAACGAUGCAUGAUUGGUCUUCUGCUCUGGGACAUCGAGUCAGCUAGCGCUGCAGUUAAUCAGUCCCGUCAGCCGGGCUCGCGACUCAAGACGCCCAACUAUCCCAUUUGGAUAACCAGCUGCACGGGUCACUUUGGCGUGAUCUUUAACAAGAAUCCGGAUCUGUUGCGCAAUUACCAUGCGGAGUCGCGUUUCGAUGUUAACUACUACAGCUGCUCCGGUCAUCAGAUACUGAUGACCAUCGACAAUCGCACGUACAACGAGCAGGCAUUGGUCAUGUUGGAGCGGCAACCAAUCACGCCGGAGAGUACCUCGAUGUCCGGAAAGGAGGAUGGCGGGGGCGCAACGUCGCCAACGACCGUUUCCGGUGGAGGAGGUGCUGCUGCCGGCGGCGGUGUGGGUGGCGCUAGCGGCGGUGUUGGUGGUGCUGCUAGUGGCGCUAGCGGUGGUAACGAUGUGGUCGCCAAGGAGGAGUCGACGCUCAACACGCCGUUGCAGCGUCUGAUUCGUACCAAGUGGGAAGAGGCAACUAUAAGCUUUCACGUGCAGCCAUCGAUGUUGAGUUAUCUUUUUAGUACCACACAGUAGAAUGCAGAAUCCAGUUUGCUUUAGGAACUCCUUUGCUAAAGUCAGAACGAUUCACAUUUAAGCGCAAGAGAUAUCAUCAAAGUGAUUAGAAAUGGAUGUCUCUUAUUUACAAAAUUAGAUCAAUAACAUUUAUUUUUUUAAAAGUAAAAAUUUAUUUGCCUAUAGGAUACGUUUCCAAUUGAAUUUGAAAGUGAAUAAUUAGGAUCAGAUUAAAUCAAUUUUAACAGCUCAGAUACUUAAACCAAAGAACUAGUACUACAUUUAUUUUAUAUAUAUUUUUGUUUAAUUUAAUCCUUUUAUUAAUUAUUAAGCAUGUGAGCUUGUCAUGUUGUCUCUUGGUCUAUGAUAUAAAUCGACUUUCUUGGCGAAUGACCAAUGCAAAAAAGAAUUUCAACUGCUUGAUUCUCAAACCAAACAAGUAAGUUCCAAAAACCAGUAAGAACAUCAAAUAAUAUAACCAGAAAACGGAGUUUAAAUAUUUUUAAAUAUCUCUAUUAAAUCUUUUUGCAUAUUACCAAUAUAAUAAGAGAAAUCGGAUACAAUAUAUCUUUAAUUCGUAGUGUUAGGGUUUUGAAAAGACCCAGAAAACGUAUAGAUUUAAGCACUUAACAAGAUUAGUGCCACAUAUUGUAAGCUUGUUAGACGAUGCACCAGAUUAUAAUUUAACUAGCACAAAGAUUAGUUGAAUUCUACUGUUGCUAUCUUUCCGAUGGAAAAAUUCGAAUUGGUAUUUGAAAAAGAUACGAACGGUUGAAAUUCCGAAUCUCGAACCAAAAACGGCGAUGGUAAAUACACGUAAAAUAUUCAAAGUAUCUAAUCUAAUGCCGAACGAGCAAAGGCAGAUUUAUGAAAUGUGGCCAUAGCCAUCAGAAAUCUGCCUGGAUGAGGCCUCCCUUUACGAGAAGAGCGACUGCAGGACUCUAAACCAGUUGAUUGAUGCUGCCGCCUGAAGCCACUAGAAGAUAUAAUAUUAUCCAAAUCUAUGUAGAUCACCAACAUGCUUCGAUUUUCGAUACUAACCAGAUUAUGUUACAAAUAAACGAACUUGUAAACCCCU